AUGGCAGAGAAGGCAGCGGAAAAGGCAGAACAGCGGGCUGCGGACGAGGCGGAGAAGCGCCCCGUGGAGGACGGCGAGAAGCACAGCGGGCGCAAGCGGCGGCGGCGCAACUACGACGAGCACGACGAGGCGGUGGCAAAGGACGACGCGCAGUCGGCCAAGGCUGGCGCCGCCGCGGACAGCGACGCAGAUGACAGCGACGCAGACGACGAGAAGCUGGAGGUGCUGAUGGCACGCGAGGAGGAGGACGAGGACGACCUCGCGGAGAUUGACGCGUCGAACAUCAUUUCCGGCGGUCGGCGCACGCGGGGCAAGGUCAUCGACUACAAGCAGACCGCGGAGGAGCUUGCGGCCGAGGGCGCCGCGGCCGGCGUGGACGACGACGCCGAGGACGCCGACGCGGACUUCGACGGCGAGGGCUAG